UUUCCAAGUUGAUGCUGUCUCAGUGCUGCUGACUGUCAGUACAGUCUCUGAACCAUGGCUGUCAAGAGUAAUAACAUAAAAUUAGAAUUAACAAUAUUCAGUAGUAAUUUAAAACCUUGGUUGAAGGCUGUCAUUCACCAAACCCUGACUUCUCAAAACACGUAAGCAUGUUCUUGAUUUUUAUUAAGACCAAACUCAUUUGGUCUUAAUACACCUGAAGCAUGUACUGUCAAUUCUCCCAUUUUAGCGCUUUUUAAAAGCAAAUAAAUGGUUAUAAUUUUGCUGUGUGCUUCAUGGAUAAAAAUCAGGGAAAACUGCAGUUGUGUAUGGACUUAAUUCUAGGAGCAGGUUCUGUAUUUCUGCUUUCUUACGGGUUAAUCGUGCUGGGAUUUGCUCUGUUAUGCUUCUCACUUCAACUUAUUUUUCCUAAGGUUUCUCUUAUAUUGCAAGCCUCAUUUCAUACAUUUAAUAUCACUGUUCAUCAGCCUAAUUACCCUUUGGUCCCACCCCUUUGGCACAGACCCUGAAAGUGAGACUCAAGAUUCCUGCCUCAGCCCCUGGACCAUCUGCUUUUUCCAGUUCAGAGACUCUUGACGUGGUCUCCAGAGGAGCAUACGUCUUCUCAGCUGCGCUGGCUGGUGUACUGCAGCUGCAUCCAGGAGAACUGAGCUGUUUCUUUCUCUUCCUGAUUUCUACUGUGUCUCCUCAGGUUGCAGUUCUUCCUUCACAUUUCUUCCUGUCUACUACAAAAUACCUCCAUUCUACGAACAAUAAUAAUAGUAAUAAUAAUAAUAACAUCAGGAAAUGACGUCCUUCACCAUGCUUAGCAAUGAAAAAGGAAAUCCUUCGGAAAGAGCUCAGGGAGGAUUGCUUCCACACAGGGCUGAGUCUGCACCCACCAACUGCUGCCGCAUCCUCACAGAAUAGAGGCUGGGGGAAUGAGAAAUGCACCUCCAUAUGCCUGGGUGAAAAUGGCCAAAAACCAGCUGGAGGAGGCUUAUACAAGGAUAUGAUUUGAAUCCUAUUGAAUCUGAGUUGUUGUUCCAGCAUCAAAGCAGCUGUUUUCAUGACAAGCCUUCUGUCACCUGGACACAAAUGGUAUAUUGAGGCAUCGAUGCUGUGGAAGCAUGGCAGUCCCACUGCCACUCUUCAAGGCCUUGCAAGGAAAACCUGCUCCACGCUUCACCCUUCUUGGGACUCUCUGUGCCCCUGACAAGCACAGAAAGAGCUGACACCACGACAGCUCGAUCCAGCCUGCUCCCAGCAGACUCCUGAUCUUCACCGGCUGCUGAACGUAACAUCCUGCCUGCUCCGCUGGUAUUUUUACAGCUAAUGUUGGUAAGCAGAUGACACAGGCUGGUGAAGAUCCUUGAAACUCCACGGGAGGAAAUGUGAAAUAUGCUAAAUAUGGCAGAAACUAAAACCGUCCAGCUUGGAGCAGCCUGUGCUGUCACCUUUUUCUUUGUCCUAAUCUGCUGGGCUGAUGCAGCUUCAUUCCAGCAGUAUCAGCUGCUUCAAAAAGACCCAGACUAUGUAAUGAAAAACUUACAGAGGAUCCCAAAUCCUGAUAUGAUCAAAGCUUUGGAAUACAUAGAAGAUCUUCGCAAGCAAGCUAACAAGGGAGAAAGCAUCCCUGAUUACAACUCCUUUCAAAGUGUCCCAUAUCUCCUGCAACAGAAAGAAAACAAAGAUCAGGUUCACCUACCAGAAAAUGUAAGGGAUUCUUUGACUGAAGAGGAGUCUCAGUGGGUUAAGGUUAUGCUGGAAGCCUUGCGGCAAGCUGAGAAGGAGUCAAAAGCUGGCACAAAGGAAAAUAAACUUUAUGGUCUGAGCUCAGAUAAUAGCUUUCCAGCUGGAGUAACAGAUGAUUACGAGGCUUACAAGUGGCCUGAGAGGUGGCAAAAAUAUCUCAAAAUGCCUCUUGGCCACUAUGAAGACAGUUCAAGAGACAGUCCUUUCAAGCGUACUAAUGAAAUAGUGGAAGAGCAAUACACACCCCAAAGUCUUGCUACAUUGGAAUCAGUGUUUCAGGAGUUGGGGAAGAUGGCAGGACCUAGUAAUCACAAGAAGGAGAGGCUGGAUGAAGACCAGAAAUUGUAUGCAGAUGAUGAAGAUGAUGUGUAUAAAGUAAAUAACAUUGCCUAUGAAGAUGUGGUUGGAGGAGAAGACUGGAAUCCCAUAGAAGAAAAAGUGGAAAGCCAAACCCAGGAAGAAAUAAAAGAUAGCAAAGAGGAAAUUGACAAACAUGAAGAGGAGGUUGAUGAUGAAAUGAAGAGGUCAGGGAAACUCAGCUUCCUCGAGGAUGAAAUGAGAAGAGAGAAUAAAGAUCAAACAUCAGAGAAUGUUUCAAAGCUAAUGAAUUAUUACCUGAAGAGGCUGAUGGGCAAUGCUGGAAACAGGAAACUACGGACCGGAGGAGAGCCUGAGGAGAAAAGAGGAGCCACAUUUUUGGACAAGCAACUUAACCCUCAGUCUAUAGCUCAGUUAAUAGAAAUGUCAAGGAAUUUACAAAUUCCUCCAGAGGAUUUAAUAGAUAUGUUGAAAGCUGGGGAAAAAAAACAGCUUCAGAGUGAAAGGUUGGAAGCUGAGCAGGAAGCAGAAUUCCCAGAAGACCUCGAUGAGAUCACUGAACCUAAUCUAGGACAGAGUGACAUAUUUAAAAAUAAUGUAAACUCUAAAAAUGGGUACAUGAAGCAGCCUCUUAAUGCUAUUCCGGAAAAUCUACCUGAAGACCUCAAUAUUGAAGACAUUGUCAGCCUUCUGGGAACUGGCAAUUUAGGUAAUCAGAAUCCCUCCUACUUACUAAAUCGUCUUAAUCAAGAAAAUGAUUUGCCAAGACUGCCUUACAUUCCCAGAAGACUGAAGGGACGCCCAGUUCCUAAAUCUGCAUGGAUUAACGAUUUGGAAAGGCGACAAAUGGAGUAUGAGAAACUGGAUGAGAAGGACGAAGAGCUGGCUGAUUACUUGGCAAAGAUGCUGGCAAAAUAUCCCGAAGUUAUCAAUACAAACCAGAUGAAACGAGUUCCCGUUCCAGCUUCUGAAAGUGACCUGCAGGAAGACGAGCAGCUGGAGCAGGCCGUCAGAGAGCACCUGAGCCAGCUGGGACCGCAGGAGGCCGCGAGGCUGGCUUCACUCAGCAAAAGGCUCUCCAUGGCUGGGGACACCGAUGACACACAAAAUAGGCAGUAUCUGGACGAGGAUAUGCUGGCAAAGGUGCUGGAGUACCUAAAACAGGAGAAAUCAGAGCUUGAAAGAGAUCACAUUACUAAACGGGCAAUGGAAAAUAUGUAGUAGUUCUCCAAAUAUGAUUUCUCUCCAAUGUGUUGACUUCUAUCCCAAUUCAGUUGUGAUUUACUCCCGCUCUCCCACUACACAACUUCUGGUAGACUACUUACCAUUGAACAAUCUGCGUAUCUUUCUCAGAGCUGUUAUCUUGUUUAUUGAUAUACUUAUGUAUGUUAUAAAUUAUGGGGCAAAUAACAAAUUGCUUCAAGUGUUUUAAGGAACAAUUUAAUGAAAUCAAGUAAAACUAUAAUAUGUAAACAAAUGACCUUUGCAUUGUUAAUAAAAAAUGAUAAAUGAAGAGUGACAAUUAUCAUUUGAAAUUUUUAAGAUUAAUUGGAUUAUUUUGUUACUGUCUGUAGUGUUUUUUUGUGGAGUAUCGAAUAAAAAAAAUAAAGCAUUAUAUAUAUAGUUUUAUUUA